AGACGAGCUACAUGAAAAUGGCUUUGAGUGACUUUGGUCAAAAUCGUCGACGUCGUCCUGUUGCAGCAUGCCUGUUAAUCGUCUUGUCUGUGCUCAGUGGUGCGCUCUUGAGGCCAACCUCAGCACAGCGUGCUGACAACUAUCCACCGUCAAACGUACUCAAAAUGGCCAAGCUUUUUCACGACACCUGCGUUGAGCAAACCGGCGUCAGCGAGGCGGCUAUUAAGGAGUUCAGUGAUGGUGAAAUACAUGAGGAUGAGAAGCUCAAGUGCUACAUGAAUUGCUUAUUCCAUGAAUUCGAAGUGGUCGAUGAUAAUGGUGAUGUGCAUCUGGAGACACUCUUUCACUCCGUUCCUCAUUCCAUCCGGGACAAACUGAUGGGGAUGGCGCAGCAUUGCAUUCAUCCUGAGGGCGACACGUUGUGUCACAAAGCCUGGUGGUUCCAUCAGUGCUGGAAGAAAGCCGAUCCACAACAUUACUUUUUGCCAUAAGUGCAAAAGUCUUAUGACACCUCGCUGAUAUAUGAAAAAGGAAUCUUCAAAACUUCGAUAUAAUUAAGUUUAAGUGGUGUUGGAAUUUAAAUAGAUUUAACACAACAAAUAUGUAGAAACCUUAUAAAUAGUUUAAUAAAUGAAAUUGU